UACGAAUAAACUUGGGCUCUAAGCAAAGCUGGAAUGUGACUACUACACCCAUUCAAAUAGCUGUACGUUACCAAAGCCCAAAUCAAACGCGGAAUCCGAAUUACGUACUUCACCACUUUCUUUGAUUUUUUCCUUGUACGUUCAAUAGUGGAAAACUUAACUAGCCAGGAAGGAGGAAGGGGUUGUUUGGAUGAAUCAAUUGUAAAACGAAACAAUUUGAUCAAUUAUUUUAUUUUACAAAACGAGUCAUUUAAAACGAGUCAAUUCAGAUUACCUGUUCCCACCCCAGACAAUUGUAAUUGGCUCAAAAUGAGUUAAUUCGGAAUUCCCCAACCCAAAUUGCUUCAUCCAAAUUUUCUGCUGCCAAACGAAUCAAUUUAGCACAAUUGACUCAAAACGAGACAAUUGUAUCAGAUUGAUUCAUUAAAACCCUUAAUCUCACCACCCAGGGGACAGUUAGCAACUAAUUAUUUAUUUACUCCUUAAUUAAUCAAAUUCAAUUCAAAUGGCCCAAUCAAAUGUUGGCACUGGUCACUGAUGUUGACCCUUAGGGAGCAGUAGGAGAGGCGUGCCACAUUUUGAAUCUCACCUUUAUCUCGCAACAUUAAACAACAUGAACCAACGAACCCAUGAUUAGAUUCUUUUUUUUUUCUUCCAAGGAACCAUGAUUAGUUGAAAUGAAGUAAUAUCUUUUAUUAAAUAUACUUACAGGAAGAGAAGAAUGCAAUACUACCUCCUUCAACUUAGAGGUGACCGAGCCUGCUUUGCUAAAAUUCACUCAAGUACAUAAGCAUAGGAAUAACCACUAGUGGAUAUAUAAUUUGAUCCAAUUGUCAUUACUCAUAUAUAUUGAUUCUGUAUAUGUAGGAUUCAAAUAGGUUUGCCUAAAAAUAAAAGUACCCAAACAUAUAUAACUUGGUCCAUAAUCAAUUGGAUUUGGGAAUUGGGCAAAACCAAAGUUUGAGUCUUUUUGGUCAUACUUAGACAAUUAUAUUGGAUAGGAGAAACUCGCAAAGUUAAAAUAUUUUUAUGCAAAAAUAAUUUCUGAGUUUUUGUUCUCACAAUCCUUAUUUACUCCCCCUUGUCAUAAAUAAAAGUAAUAAUACUAAUAACCAACCGUAAUACCUAGGAAGUUUUGUUACAAACCUUACUACUCAAGGCAUCCUCAAUGAGCCGUACGCAUCUAGUUUCCAUCGAUGACUUGACCCUAAAAAUAUACAAACAGGCAGCUAGGCAUAUAAUUCAUUCAUUGCCAAAUAUCUUACAACCCCAGAUUUCUCCACUUGAAAGCAAGACCUUAAACCUACUUCAAAAAAAAAAAAAAAAAGGCCACACUACAUACAUGACAACAUGUUCAGUAAGCAUACUCCCCCUCCCUCCCUUGCCCCACAAUUUCCCUGUAAUCAAUACUUUAAUACAUAUCCUUCUUGUCUAGCAAGUUCAACUUUCUUUUUCCUCUAUUGUGUCAACUUCCAGGCUCUAUAUAAAGCCAUUAAUCAAUCUCCCCCUAAAGCAUCCCUCACAAUCUGCAGGCUCAUAUCUUUCUUCUCCGAUAGUGAAAGAAGACAAUCAAUCUGCUUCCCAACCCAGAAGCAUAACCUCAAAGAUGGGGAGACCACAACUCCUUGUUACAUUUCUAGCCCUUUUGGCACUUUUUGCCGCUUCAUCAACCCAGGCCCAGCUCCAGAUGAACUUCUACUCCAAGUCCUGCCCCAAAGCAGAACAGAUCGUGCUCGAUUACGUCACGAAACACAUCUCCAACGCCCCUUCCUUGGCCGCUCCUCUCCUCAGGAUGCACUUCCACGACUGCUUCGUCAGGGGGUGCGAUGCUUCUGUGAUGAUAAACUCCACGGCCAACAACACGGCGGAGAAAGCCGCUGCUCCCAACCUGACGCUCCGUGGGUUCAACUUCAUCGACGGCCUCAAGACCCUCCUCGAGAAGGCGUGUCCCGGAGUCGUCUCCUGCGCCGAUAUCCUCGCUCUCGCCGCCAGAGACUCCGUCGUCCACAUUGGCGGUCCAAACUGGCAAGUACCCACGGGAAGAAGAGACGGCAGAAUCUCCAACUCCACGGAGGCACUCAACGCCAUCCCUCCGCCGACCAGCAACAUCACCACGCUCCAGACCCUCUUCGGCAAUGUCGGCCUCGACUCCAAGGACCUCGUCCUCCUCUCCGCGGCGCACACGAUCGGGAUAUCGCACUGCAACUCGUUCUCGGCCCGGCUGUACAACUUCACGGGUCGGGGCAACGGGCAGGACCCGGCUUUGGACAGCGAGUACGCGACGAAGCUGAAGAUGAAGUGCGUGAACACCACCGACAACGUGACGAUCGUGGAGAUGGACCCGGGCAGCUUCCGGACGUUCGACCUCAGCUACUUCCAGCUGCUGCAGAAGAGGCGGGGGCUGUUCCAAUCCGACGCCGCUUUGAGGACCAGCUCCGCCACACAGUCCUUCAUCAACCAGUUCGGGUCGGGUUCGGUGCAGAGCUUCUUCUCCGAGUUCGCCAAGUCCAUGGAGAAGAUGGGCCGGAUCAACGUCAAGACCGGGUCCGCUGGCGAGAUCCGGAAGACCUGUGCGGUCAUUAAUUAAUUAAAAAUAAAUUAAUGGAAGAUCGAAAAGUGUCUUUUUCUUGCUUGGAUUCGUUUGUUGCGAACAGCGAGCAAAUUUUUUUUUUUUUUUCUCCGGUUGAUUGAUGUGUUGUGUCUUGUCUGGGUGCUGUGUACUUCUGAAUAAUUGAUCUCUUUUGUUUUCUUUUUUGUUUUUUUUUUUAAUGUUUUGCAUGUGUAAUUGUUGAGGGGGAAUCUUUGAAAUAAGACCAAUUAUUUGACGGCUUUUAUGUGAAGCGUUUUGUGUUUUUGCUGCUUUGCUGUCAAUUGAAGCAACCACUCCUAUGUGCAAAAUCUUCCCUUCUUUCCACGUUUGAUGCUUUCUUAUGUUAAAACUACCAAACACAUCGCUAAAAUAUAAAGGGUUUGGUAAUUCACAUGGAGUUUUCAGAACUACUACUAUGUAGGAAGAUGACUUAAGGGGAGUUGGUUUGGAUUCCUGAUUUUAGGAAUAGAAUAGAUGUAUCGUCUAACAUGUUUAGAUCACAUAAAACUAUAUGUAAUUUAACAUAUUCGUGUCACCCAAUUCAGUUUAUAUGUACUUAUCUAACCUAACAAAAUUUGAUUAUUGGGCAAGCGUGGUAAAAUGUAGAAUCGUGGUUAUUGUGAUUGAUUGUGGAUGUUCAUAAUUACUUGUUCUCAAUAACUCGAAUUUCUGAGUGAAAGUUAACAUGAAUUAUAUAUCAUAUUUUACACGUUCUUGCUAAUAGAAGCCAAACUCACCUAUUGAAAGUUUGGACAAGUCCAUCAUACCUUGUAUUAAAGAUUUGUGAAACUUAAACCAACUGAAAUUGACCAAAUAGUUCAUUAUUCAUCCACCAUCAACACUAAAAGUUAACCAAUCUAUCUCUCUACUCAAACUAAUAGAUAAUCGACCGACCCCCAUUCUCUUCCCUUCUAGUUUAAUAUCUCUAUUUUUUCAAUUAGUUUUAAAUAUUUAACAUCCACCCUAAGAAAGGUUAGUUGAAUUUUCAAAAUUAGCUUAAUCAAGAUGAAGAUGAUGUUAGGUUACUUGGCUACUUCUUAACAUUUUAAUUAUUCAAUUACUUAACCCAACUUUAUAACUUAACCUAACGAAACACCAAUAAAAUCGAUAUGAUUACAUAUUCUAUGGGCGAAUUUGAGUUACUUUAAUGUGGUAUAUGAAUGGGUUAUAGGUAUAAUAUGCCCAUCUACUAUUACGUUUUAUCAAACAUGCCCAUCUACUAUUUUUUACAUCAAACAUGCCCCUGUAAUUUGGAAAAAUUAUCAAACAUGCCCUUCAGUUGAAUUUUCCAUUGAAAAAAUCGUCAAUCAUGGUUGAACCGAGAUUUAGACGACCUGACAUCGGUAAAUGGGAGGAGAAAUGUCAGUUUUGACCCUUGUUUUAUUUCUCUAGGUCUCGUCAAAGUGAAUUUAUUAGAAUUAUUUGGCUAUACAAAAGAACAAAAAAAAAACUCCAAAGUGAAACUAUUAGAAAUAUUUUAGAUAUUUGGGUCGCCCAAAUCAAAGUUCGGUCUUGGUUAACGGUUUUUGGAUGAAAAUUUUAACAAAAGGGCAUGUUUGAUAAGUUUUCCAAAGUACAGGGGCAUGUUUGAUGUAAAAAAUAGUAGAUGGGCAUAUUUGAUAAAACGUCAUAGUAGAGGAGCAUAUUAUACCUAUAACCUUAUAUGAAUCAAUAGUCAUGGGUCGGAUGCUUAAAAGGGAUCCAAUCUUACCCAAGCAACUAAGUAUACCCUUCCUAAUUCCUAACAUGGAUGUAUAUGUUCCAAAAGUCUCCUAUGGAAUGGGAUAACAGAUUGUUUAUUAUUAUGAGUAAUAAUUACCAACAUUAAUUGGAGAAAUAGUGCAGAGUUGUAAUAUUUGUUAUAAGAAAGAAGAAGAUUAUCUUCCUAUCCGGUGAAAGAUUGUGAUUCUCAACCCUUGAUCCAAAGUACACAUGCAAAUCAAGCUUAAUUACUAAU